GCAAAGAUAGAAAAGAAAAGAAAGAAAGAGAGUAACAGUACUUCACCAGGUAUAUUUGCAUACGUAUAGUAUUUUGUUUCUGAGAUACACAUGGCUAGAAAUUUCAUACACUCAGCGGCAUGGGAUUGCAGAUUCAUUUGCAGAAAUAUUCAAGAUGGCGGUCAGCCUUUUAUAAUAAACUAAAUAAUUUAAGUACUGUCGACUUUUAUACAAAAUCAACCAAGAAGACCUUAAAAUAUUAUAAAGUGGAAAGCGUAAUUGCUCGACUAAUCAGAAAAAGAAAAGUCAACUAUAAUAUAUAUUAAUUCGCUUGUUUAUUUUAAAUAUUCAAAAUCGCGAUAUAUGUAUAUAUUUAAAAAUAUUUCAAUUGCUUCGAUAUUUUAUGCAAAUAUUUAAAACAUAUAUACAAGAUAGUAAUCAUGAUUUUUUCUGUGUUGGUGUUAUGUACUCAGGUGAAUAUGAUGUUAAUAUUAUGUACUAAGGUGUAUAUAUGUAUAUAUAGGCCGUAUUCUGUGGCACGAUAUCGUUCAGUUCCGUUGCCCGGGUUCGGGCACUACUUUGAAACAAGAUAAAUAAUUAGGAUAAAUUAUACAAAGUCCAAAUCCGCUUGUUUGCACUUCCCAAAACCUGCAGUUUUCGAGUAUUUCUUCUUCGAAAAUUGAAGAAAUCGACGUCUUUCGCAAUCGAUCGCCGCCAUUUUUGUUCAGGAUACUUGGUGUAAUAAACACUAUAAAUGGCGAUUUUCGCGGGCUCACGCUCGUUCUUACAUGAAGUUUCCAGCUUAGCAUUGUAAACACAAACAAGUCUGUUCACAAGUUGUGUUCACAUUGCUUGUUCCCAGUUUGUUGUAACAAGUUUGAAACAAGCUGUUAACAAUUUGUAACAAGCUUGAUGGCAUUAUCAGCCUUGUUACAAGACUGUGCUAACAAGUUUGUUACAACCAUGAUAUAACAAGAUGUUACAAGGUUGUCAACACAAGGUUGUAACAAUCUUGUCAUAUCAAGCAUGUAACAGACUUGUCAGAACAACCUUGCAACAAGUGCAAUAACUUCAACAAGGUUGUUACAAGUUGUCAACAAGUUGUUCCAAACCUGUUAACAACUUGUUACAAGCAGUGCGAAUACAUCUUGUUGAUGGCUUGUUGGCAGACUUGUUACAAUAUGUGAUAUACAAGUGCAGCAGCUAAAUCAUUGAAUCCCCAUGUGUUGCCAUGCAAUUUUAUAAUUUGCAAUUUUGCAAAUCAGAAAAGUCAUAUUUCACUGAGUCGGUAAGUUUAUUGAUUUAUUUUUUUUACAAUUAUUGAUAUUUUUUCUAAUAUGUGUUUUAUAAUUAUAUAGUAUUGAUUGCGCCUUUCGCAGCUCCCAUUAUAACGGUUGUGUGAUUUCUAUGCAUGGGUUUUUUAUUAUUCAGGACAAAAUGGUGUCUGCGGAAAAAGUAGGUGGUAAACUGAAAGAAGCUGCAACAAAGAAAGCUGAUGAAAUUAUUUUGAUUCAAAUUGCUGAAGAACCUAGUAUUGAAAGUGAAAUACCAUAAACAAUGUUAUAAAAAGGUUUCCAUAGACCAAAGUUAUGAAACAAGAGUGAAAUUGUUUAUGCAAGUCAAGGAAGUGUAGUAGAAAGUUGUAUGGAUGAUGACAUAGAAACUUCUCAAAAUUCUCAAGAGUCUGAUUCUGAUAUGACAUUGGAAUGAAAGCAUCCAUGUACACAAGUGCAACAUUGAAAGAAUUGUAUAUAGUUGGCCUAACAUUGAGAAACAACUUGUACAUCAGCUUGGUACAAGAACUGGCCACCACAUGCAUCAGAUAUUACUGGAAUAAUGUUGAUGUGUUGAUAGUUGCCUGUCCAAUAGCUGUAGCACAAACCAGGCCAGAACAACCAAACGUCUGCCGAACGGUCAUUGCUAGUGCUAGGGACUUGGGUGUCUGUACUUUCCCCCUAUUAGAAAUGUAGACCAAAUCUUGACACGGAGGAAAAUCUUCGAUGUAGUUUGGUCAUCUAAUUCAAUGUAGUCAGCAUCUUCUGGGUCAUCUGAAAACCUAAGCAUCCAUACCAUAAAAGUAAACAAGAGAGGUGAUACUAAUGUUUUCACCAGUAAUAUCUGAUGCAUGUGGUGGCCAGUUCUUGUACACUGUUUCGAUGUACACUGUUUUGCAACAGUCUUUGCAAGUUGUUUCUCAAUGUUAGGCCAACUGUAUAAAUUUUUUUCAGUCUUGUACUUGUGUACUGACACUGUACGUGGAUGCUUUCGUUCCAAUGUCAUGAUCAGAUUCAGACUCUUGUGAACUCUGAGACGUUUCUAUGUCAUCAUCCAUAAAACUCUCUGCUAACACUUGCUUGACUGAGGCACUCUGUAUACUUUUCAUAACAAUGUCAAUGUUUAUGAUAUUUCACUUUCAAUGCCAAUUUGAAUCAAAAUACUUUCAUCAGCUUUCCUUGUUGCAGCUUCUUUCAGUUUACCACCACCAACUUACUGUUUCCACAAAUACCAUUUUGUCCAGCUUUCGCUUUUUCGACUUCUAAAUAAUAAAAAACCCUUGCAUAGAAAUCACACCAUUAUAACGGGAGCAGCUAAAGGCAAUGCAAUCAAUAUAUAAUUAUAAAAUACAUAUUAGAAAAGUAACAAUAAUUGUAAAAAAAAGAAAAGUCAAUAAACUUACUGAUUCAGUGAAAUACGACUUUUCUGAUUUGCAAAUUAUACAAACGCAUGGCAACAAGUGGGGAUUCCUUGAUUUAGCUGCCGCACUCGUAUUCAUCUGAUUCCGUUUCUCCAUCAAUAUUAAUAUCGAUACCAGAGGAUGAAGGUACACCACCUUUGUCCAUCAUACUGCCAUUUGUGAAUGCCGAGUAACAACCUCGAUGAUAUAAAGAGAAAUUUGCAUCGAUAUUUUCGACCGUGCUUUCCAUGCUGUCGCUAACAAAUUGCAAACUUCUUCGAGCAACAUUGCGUUCUUCCCCGUCUAGCAUUAGUCAAAUUCUACCACAAUCUAAAAAAUUUUUUACACGAAACCACACUAAAACUUGUAAGUGGGCCUUUUUUCCCAUCAAAAUGAAUUAAACAUGAAUCAGAAGACGCCAUGUUUACAAAUGCUAAGCUGGAAACUUCAUGUAAGAACGAGCGUGAGCCCGCGAAAAUCGCCAUUUAUAGUGUUUAUUACACCAAGUAUCCAGAACAAAAAUGGCAGCGAUCGAUUGCGAAAGACGUCGAUUUCUUCAAUUUUCGAAGAAGAAAUACUCGAAAACUGCAGGUUUUGGGAAGUGUAAACAAGCGGAUUUGGACUUUGUAUAAUUUAUCCUAAUUAUUUAUCUUGUUUCAAAGUAGUGCCCGAACCCGGGCAACGGAAUUCGUUUUCUAAGCGACUUUUCGUGCCACAGAAUAUGGCCGAAUAUGAUCAUUUUAGCCUAAUAAUAUGUUUCAAAAAUGCUCUUUCGAAACGCAGCAACAAAUUGUACUUGCCCAAAAUAUUGUCUUCAUGACAACACUUUAUAUAUGACUGAAAUAAGUCUAGAAAUAUGUUUAAACUGCCGUUUUAACGUAUUUUUUCAACAUUUUAUAUAUAUAUAUGUUUCAAGCAAGUCCUUAGUUCCAGUAUUUAUAUAUAUUUUAACGCACAUUUUUCGAAGUAUAGCUGACAAUUUGCCAAAACUAAACAUUUAGCACUGAUAUUUCGAUACCUAAAGUAUACAUGCAGUAUAUGUCAAAGAAAUACUUGUUUUGUGCCCAUUUAUGUCGGAAAAAAGAACAUUUCGGGCUUGACAUUAAAUCCAUUGAAGUCAGGUCAGCUUAUUUUUCUAUCUUUAGUAUCGAUAGGGAAGAUAUUUCAACUUUUGGAUAACUUUUUCAGUAUGAAAAUUGUCUUCACUCCUCUGUUUGUUUUGGCGCUAAACGCGAGAGGUCCGUAAAGCCCUAUCUACACGAUGCGAUUUUUACUAAGAUUGUUGUAUGCAACUUGCUGACGCCAUCCCUGCGACUUUGCGCCGUAUAUCUAGACGUUACGAGUUUAGGUACGAUCAUGGAUAAUAAAAUAAAUGGAUAGGACUCUAGCUGACGUAAGCAAAAACAACCUAGUUGCAAUCUGUGACGUCACGCGUAUUGCAAAGUUCUCGGCAUUUUUGUUGUUUCGCUAUACUUUCCGCUUUAAAAGAGUAAUAUUGAAGCAUAUACUGGUCUAAUUGUUUUAAAAACAUACCUAAGCCACGACAAAGUAUUCAAGGUAAAUGUUUUCGUCUUUGUAUUUUUUUUACAUUUGUAGCUACGAAAUUGGCGUCCCCAAUUUUAACGAAAUUUGGAAUGCCUUUUUCACUGUUUAGUGCUUGAAAUAUUUGCUAAAAUUGACUGGGAAUACUUAGAGAUGUCAUCGUAGAAUGGCGUAGUUAUAUUCAUUUGCUUUUUGACUAAAAUGUUUAGCUGUAUAUAUUAUUGCUAAACAUGCCGUUUUUGAGAAUUUGGUUUGCAACUAGGUUUCAACAUCCAAUCACGCCAUCAGCCCAUUGAAAACAUUAGGUCACGUCAGCUAGUUUCCUAUUCAUUUAUUUUAUUAUCCAUGGUAUGAUUAUUGCAUGCGAUUUUUCCAACCGAGAGAUAUAUUAGGCCUGGUGCGAAAUCUUUUCAAAACAAACCAGCUGAAAAUUUUUCAGAACAAACUGGAAAUUUCAACCAACGUGAAAGUAAUGGAGCCUAGUAUUAAGCUUGCUUCACUUAUAAGUAUUGCGCUUAUCAUAAAACGAAGGAGAAAAAGGCGAAGAAGAUCAUUGUGGACCAGAGAAUGGUUGAAGAGGAACGAACGUAGUGUUUUUCGUCAGUUAAUGGAGGAAUUACGACUCGAAGACCCAGAACAUUAUCGUCGAUACUUGAGAAAUGGAUACGUCAACAUUUGAGGUAUGUGUUUGCUGUUUAGAUAGAUUUAUGAAGCCAUAUACAUACGACUAAGUUUUCGUUGACUAAUUUACUUGUUCAACUGCAAAUUGCACAAGACAUUAUGAGCUAAAUGUGCGAGACAUUUUGAUAAUGCAAAACAAUGCAAACGUCGGUAAACAACGCAAUGUCAAUGCUCACGCUUUCGUGCCCUUGCUAUAAUUUUAUACACCACUAUAAAUUAUUUUAAAAUUUCGCUAAACCGUGUAGAAUCUUCCACUGUUGUUAAAAACACUAUUUAGUCGAUUUUAGCCAUGGUAAAGCCACAUUUUUGUCCAGAAUUUGAAUUUUAUUUUAUAUUUGUUUUGAGCUGUGACUGUGUACGCCGAGAUCCGCGUCAAUAAUAAAAUAUUUUCUCUCGUAUAUUUAUAGGUUUACUGUGUUUGUAAAUGUAUUUUUGUAUUUUUUCAGUGUUUUAAAUAUCUUGUUGUUAUAAUAACCCCUCCCCAAACUUUCGCUCAUUAUAAACAAUGCUUUUAAACAUUUUCAAAUAGUGCUUGCUGGAGAAAUUAAAGUGCAGAUGAAAUUGACCAGGAAGGACACCAAUAUGAGGGAAGCAAUACCAGCUGGGGAAAGACUGGCAUUGAAUUUGCUAUAAUGAAUUUGCGUUUAUUUUUUCUUUCCUUGCCAGAAACCAACAUUUCGUAGGUUUUUAUGCAAAUUGAACGCGGCAAAUUCAAACAUUCAACGGUAUUUUAGGCAAAAUGGCAAAUGACUCGACUCUCAAGUAAACAAUCACAUAUUAUUCACUACAUUCUUUCGCAAUUAAAGCGGUUAAAUAACAAGUCAAAAUAAAAUAUUCUUACCUGUGAGAUCUGAAUAACAUUUUAAGACCUUUCCGAUGCCUUUUCCAUCGUUUGGGAUAGAAAAACUUGAUAAAUAAAUUGUAAAUAUCAACUGGAAUUCAAGCACAAAAAAUUGAAACGACGCUAUCCCGUGAACCUUCGCGCUCUGAUACGUAAACUGGGCAAUAGGCGCACAGACAAUGCGCGAACUAUUGCUGCAUGCAUGUCUGCAUAUUUUCAAUCACUUACGGACUGUUAAUUUUAUCUAUAAUAAAUUAUAGGAAAGUCAUGAAAAUUUUCUGCAAUUAUUCAAUAAAACUCGAGAAAAACUCAAACUUUAGAAUGUAAAUUAGAAUGUAUAGUAUGCAGGAGAGUUCUAUUCCAGCUUGCAUUACCAAUUCAGAAUUUCAGUAUCAUCUAUUGCCCUCAUUGUGCCAGAAGUUUGCCAGGCUGUAUUUGAUGUCAUGAAAGAUGAAUUUUUACACUUCCCUGAGAAUUAAGAACAAUGGUUGGCAAUAGCUGCUGGAUUUGAAGAUGUAUGGCAACUUCCACAUUGUGUUGGUGCUGCUGAUGGAAAGCAUGUUCGCAUUCUACAUCCUCGCAACAGUGGAUCUGUUUUCUAUAAUUACAAGGGUUACUACAGCAUUGUCUUAAUUAAAUUAAUUGCUGUAGUUGAUGCAAAUUAUAACUUUAUAUUUGCUGAUGUUGGAUGUCAGGGUAGAAUUAGUGAUAGUGGGGUAAUGAGGAAUACCCUGUUCUGGUCUGAGCUGGUUAACGACAAACUUAAUCUACCCAAACCUAAGCCUCUUCUCUCUUCACCUUCUUUGUUUCAUCCUGACUCAUAUGUUCCUAUCUCAUACUUCUUUGCCGGCGAUGACGAUUUUCCUCUUGAGACAAGUAUCAUGAAGCCUUUUGCCCAACGAGGCCUUUCUGAGGAAAGAUUUAACUACAGGCUUUCUCGGGGGAGACGGGUUAGUGAGAAUGUCUUUGGAAUUUUGUCGACCAGGUUUAGAGUGUAUUCUACUGUUCUUUCCAUUAAGCCUGAUAUGCUGUUAAGGUGAUACUUGCAACCUUGGCACUUCAUAAUUUCCUGAGAGCCAAAGUGCCAAACAGGUACAUACCUAAGGGAGCAGUCGAUAGUGAAGAUCAACUUGGUAGAACGAGAGAUGGCAGUUGGAGAAUUGAUGAUGUGGCAAGCAACCUAGCAGCCUUUCCAAAUUCCAGAAAAGGCCGACCAGCUGUUAAGGCCAAGGAAAUGCGAGAAAUCCUUUGUGAACAUUUUAAUGGAGCUGGCCAGGUGCCUUGGCAAUGGAACACCUUGAUUUGACUAUGUAGUAUCAAUACAUGCAGUCAAUUUUUAAAAUAUAUUUAUUGAUCGAUAAUUAUUAAACAUUUAAAUAUUUGAAAUCAAUUAUUAAUAAAAAAACAUUUAUCUAUUAUAUUAAUAUAAGUAUUAUAGUUCCAUCACAACAUAUCCAGAAAUUAGUGAUUAAAUAUCCGCACAAGCUCAGGAGGUUUGUCAAUCCCAAAGGUUGACACGAGCAACUUUCAAAAAACCUCCUGAAGCUUGCAGGUACAUUUAAUCCUUAAUUUAUGGAAAUGUUAUUGUGAUAUUAGUUUGUAAUACCCAUAGAUAUUAUAUAUACACUAGAUAGCGCAUCUAAUUACUCUGCAAUUCAAAAAUUGAAGCCGUGAUUGCAGUCUCAGGUCGUUCCCAUGAAAUUAGAAGAUUCGUAUGUUUCCUAUUUCUUAAACAGGGAACUUAAACAUUAAGUUAACCCUAUUCCAAAUUCGUUUUUAAAAUAUUCAAAUGAUGAAAGUUAUUGUUGUUUUGAAGCGUUUAUUAGUAAGUGGGAACGACCAACAUGGCCGCCAUCUAUUCAAAUGGGGGUAACCGCUGGAAUAUUCUUGGCUUCAAUUUUACUAAAAGAGAUGCGCUAUCUAGUGUAUAUAAGAUAUCUAUGGUAAUACCAUGUUUACCAAGGUGAUGUAUAUUCUUCUGGGAAUAAAAACAUUCCAGCUGACUUUUUAAUGCAUUUUAAUGACAGGCAAAAGAAACCCAGGUGAUCAUAGUAUAAUAGAAAAUACAUAAUAAUAUAAAAUAUAAUCCAAUUCAUAAUCAACAUAGACUUGACUGCAUGCUCUGCAUAUACAUGGUACAAAUGGUGUAAGUAGGGGAGGGCAAAGGGAAACUUGUUUUCAGUUUACUAUAUUGGUUUAUCGUACUUUAGCGUUGAUUGACUGUCCUCAGACAAGUUUAAAAACAAGUUUUAAAAUUAUUACGACUUUUUUGUGUUGCAUACGACUGUCGUAAGCAAGUUGUAGGGCUAUCUACACGGCACGAUUCGUGUCGCAGGGAUGGCGUCAGCAAGUUGCAUACAACAAUCGUAAGCGAAAAUCGCAUCGUGUAGAUGGGCCUUAACGUGUGCGAGAGGUCCGUAUAUCAUGUGUCUCGUCAACCAAUCAGAAGGUUCCAUUUACAUGACGGACCUGGGAUUACGAACCGGAAAAAUAAAUGGAUUUAUGUUCUCGCGUCAAGCAAUAUACGAUUCAUAAUUAUUUUCGCUACGAUUAUGUAUUUCAAAAGCUUCAAAUCUUGGUGUGUUAUAUUUUUAUGCAGUGUUUUCCAAAUUAUGUCACAUUGAUCAGGUCGUCCAUUCCUAUAAGAUUCUAUAUGUUUGUACACGGUUUGUUUGUCCAUCUUUAACUGUUCCUUGAUUCGCGACCCAAUUGUUGAUUGUUCUACCGGUUUUUCAAACAUAUACUAUUCCGCAAUGUGAACAUUUCAGUGAUCUCGUAAAUAACAUUCUUUGUCGGACAUUGUUGACAUUCAUUCUUUGUCAGACGAUGUUUCGCAAUCCUCCCGGCGGUGCAAAUACUUGUGAUGAAGGUCUGCCGUUCAUAAUAUGAAUUUUGACAUUGUUGAUUCCUGAUCUACGUAUCACUGAAAUGCAAUGCUUAGUUCUGAAACAACAUUAGAAAAAUAUAGGCGAGGGGUUAUUGCGUGCAUGUAUUUCUAGUAAUUCUGUGUAUUGUAAGACUCUUAAAUCAAACAACUCUUUAUCUGCUUUUCAGGCACUAGCUGUUUCGAUAUUAAAAAUAAAGGUUUAAGUCAAGGUAACGGAAAAUAUUUGAUAGACCCAGAUGGAGAAGGCGAAGGCAAUCCGUUCGAAGUAUAUUGUGACAUGACAUCAUUUGGCGGAGGUUGGACUAUGUGUUACACGACUGAUAGUUAUGUUAAUAUCAAGACUGAACUCAUCACAACUCCUACCCAUGGCUAUCGAGCAGACUGUAACAACAUACUGGUAAGUUUACUCUUCAUUAUUUUAUUUUCAUUAUAAAUGAAAUCCAUAAAUUGAUUAAUCGCCCCUAACUUGCUCUAUAUUAUAAUUAUUAAGACAUUGGAGAAAAUAUGCAUGGACGAAGUUUACAUUGUUAAAGAAACGAUUAUACUCGAGUUUCAGGCUCAGCACAGUGUCGACAUGUUCCUAUCCAUGUGCACUUAUGAGAGGCAUUCACCCCUCUGAACCGGUCUGCCGUUUCUAAUAUUUUAAUACGUGAUCGCCUGUAGUAAGUAAGCGCACUGGCCAGAAAAAUGACGACAGCAUUGCAGCGUUUUUGAAUUGAAUUGAAUUGAAUUUAUUACAAAAUCUGAAUGGCAGCUAAGAGCUGAAUUGUACAGAGUUGACAUUUAAAAUACAUGGUAAAACUAAUACAUAUAGUAAUAUACGGUAUAUUAAAACUAAAAUUUAUAUUACAAUUAAAAUGAAUCAUUAUAUGAUACGAUACUAGAAGCAAUAAAACUUUUACUAAACCUUGUAGUCUUACAAUUAAUUAAGUUAAUAUGCUGAUCAUUACGUAGAUUGUAAGUACGUAAGUCCUCGCGUUUAUUAGGGAUAAGUUCAUUCAAUUUAUUUUCCGGGUUGAAAAGUUUCUUAAAAUAGGAUUUACAUAAAUUAUUUCGUCUUUGAGAGAGCAACGAUAUUUCAUGAACUUCCAAGGCUUUGCGGUAUGACAGGUCAGGACAUAUUAUUCGUAGGGCUCGCUUCUGAAUUCUUUCGAUUUCUUCCUUUAAAUAGUCAGGGGAGUUUAAGUUCCAAACCUGGCAUGCAUAUUCAAGCACAGGUCGUAUACAUGUGGUAUAGACUUGAAUUAGAGAACUCACUCCAAGACCGCUGCGUUUAAGCACUCGGAGAAAAAAAAGUCUCUUUGGUGCCUUGUAUACUAUGUGUUCAACAUGUAAGUUCCAACUAAGAUCAGAAGAAAAGUACAGACCAAGAACCUUUGCUGAUAAAACUGGGGACAUACAGUGAUCGUUAAUAAACAAUGGUCGAAGAUUAGGGACGUCCUUAGCGAACAAAAUAAUUAGCUCUUUGUAUUUAGAACGAUUAAGCAUCAUAUCAUUUUCCGUGCACCAUUGAUCGAUAUUAUUAAUAACUGAUUGCAGGUUACUUUGACAACCUUUACCGAUUGUUUCGGAGAGACUAGUGUCGUCAACAUAUUUCCAUCUAUCUUUGUGGUUAAUAGCCAAAUCGUUGACCAUGAUGAGGAAGAGUAAUGGGGCAAGGAUUGUACCUUGCGGGAUGCCUCCAUUUACCAAGGACCAAUCAGAGAACGAAGAACGCAAUUUCACCCUCUGUCUUCUUUGCAUCAGGAAAUCAAUAACCCAGUUUAUUAAGGAUUUAUCAAUAUUUAGUAUUUGCAUUUUUUUAUCAGGAUUUUGUGGUUGAUUCUGUCGAAUGCUUUACUAAAGUCAAGCAGAAAAACACGAACAGUCUCGCCAUUGCCGUCUGUGUUAGAAUACCAACAGUGGAACAUGCUAAUUAAUGCGUCUAUCGUAGAAGAGCCUUUUAACGAUCCGAAUUGCUUUGGGUCCAACUGAGACUUAAUGGUAUCCAUAAUCCAUUGAAAUGGAAAUGAUUCAAGAACCUUUGAGAGCGUGGCGGUCAGAGAUAUAGGUCGCAGGUCUGAAGAUAUAUCCGUGACCGAGGAUGUCUUGUGGACGGGAACGACAUUUGCUUCUUUCCACUGCAUUGGAACUUGUGCUUGUUUAAUGGAGGCAUUAAAAAUCAUUGUCACAGGUUCUGAAAUCUCCAUUGAAGAGUUAUUGAGAAUCCAAUUUGGCAGAGAUUCUGGACCAGGAGCUUUAUUCGUUUUAACUGCUUUUAAACGCGAUUCAACAUCAACAACGGAGAUAGGGUACAAAACAGUAGGUUCUUCCACAGAUAAUUUAUCAGUAAUUGAAAGCGGCGGUAACGAUUUAGUGGCGGCUAAAAACCCGUUAUUAACAGCGAGUGCUAAGUCUCGUCCCUGCAAGAUAGUUCCAUUCACCUCUGCAGAAUGGAAGGCAGGCUUUAAAGAAAAGCCAGCUAGGUUUUUAAUAGCACUCCACCAUUUCCUUGGCUUUGAAUUUUUAGAUGAUUCACUUGAGACUCGAAGUAUUUAG